AUGGCGAGCCCUCACACCAUCCCGACUACCAAGCUCAAUGACGGUUCCGUCAUUCCCGUUCUCGGGUAUGGCACCGGUACUGCAUGGUACAAGACUUCGGACAGCGGGAUCAACCGGGAGUUGGUCGAUUCGGCGAAGAACGCGGUGAAGUUGGGCUAUCACCAUCUGGACGGAGCAGAGGUGUAUGGAACCGAGGAUGAAUUGGGCUGCGCGAUUAAGGAGAGUAGCCUUCCUCGUGAAGAGCUGUUCGUGACCACCAAAGUUCACACCAGCAUUGCCGACAUCCCUGCGGCCAUUGACGCCAGCCUGAAAAAGCUUGGGCUCGAUUAUGUUGACUUGUACCUGAUCCAUGCCCCCUUCUUUGCCGAGACGGAAAGUGAGCUUCAAGCCGCCUGGGCUGCAAUGGAGCAGGUCAAAGCAUCUGGAAAAGCUCGGUCUAUUGGCGUGUCCAACUUUGUGCAGAGCCACCUGGAGACCCUUCUCAGAACCGCCAAGGUCGUGCCGUCGGUGAACCAGAUCGAGUUCCACCCGUACCUCCAACACGGGGAUCUCGUGGAAUUCCACGAGAGUAAGGGGAUCAAAACGGUCAGCUAUGCCGGUCUUGCACCAAUUACUCGCGCGGGUGGUGGACCGUUAGAUCAGCUGUUGUCGGAUCUGGCUAAGAAGUACGCGGUCAGUGAAUCGGAGAUUCUGCUGCGCUGGUCUCUCGAUCGGGGAUGCGUGGCUAUCACGACGAGUGGCAAGGAAACCCGCCUGGCCAGCUAUCUGCGCGCGUUGACGUUCCAAUUGACCCCUCGGGAGGUCGAGGACAUCUCGCGUCUCGGGCAGCAGAAGCAUUACCGUGCAUUCUGGCGGGAGAAGUAUGCCGCAGAUGACCGGAUUUGA